AUGAAAGGAAGGUGCAAUGAGGCUGACAAAUGCAAAUUCUCUCAUGAUACUGUUCCUGAAACAAAGUCCAAUGUAUUGAUUUUGACUUUGCAGACAUGUGUUCACUUUGUUCGUCACUCUUGUAUGAAAGGGGAUGAUUGCGCAUUUGAUCACCAACUCUCUAAGUAUCCUUGUUCCAAUAUUGUUUCUAAUGGCUCUUGUUCUAGAGGUCAUGUUUGUUUGUUUUCACACCAGGUACCAAUCAACCAAUGUAUACCUACGCCUAUAAAUGCUUGCAAACCAGAGUCGAAGUCUACUCUUCCGUUAGGAAUUACAAAUUUCAGAAUGCCACUGAAUAAUCAUGGCACUGGUUCUGUCCAACAAAACCACUUCACCAAUUCUAAGGGAGUGGAAACUUCGCAAACGAAGCCUACCUCAGCACCCAAAGGAAUUAGAUUCAUAAAUGUUGCUAACUUAUCAUCUAGUACGCCAAAGCAAGACACAAUAACCCCAAACAAGGGAAGUCUUGUCCACAAUGGGACAUGUGCAGAUAAAAGUCAAAAUACUGCAGAAAUUCCUAAGAAAUUUCCAGUUGUCACGCCCAAGGGAAUUAACUUUCUUUCUUUCGGAAAAGGUUCUGUUUGCAGCUUUAAAAGUUCUAUUCAAUCCACUGCACAAAAUUUACCGCAAACUGCACUAUUCUCACAUAAUGAAAUUUCAGAUAAAAAUCAAUCCAUAGUAGGAUGA